UAACACAUAAAUAAAAGAAAGCGACGACUAGUACUCAUUAUUAUUAAUGAAAUGCAUUUGUUAUUGUCAACUGCUGCGGUUACAUUCGUGUCAUUUUCAUUCCCGUAUUUUUCACUUCCGGGAUAAUUAAGUACCCAAAGUGAGUCAAUAAUGUUUAAAAACGUUAAACGUUUACAUUAAACAGGUCGUUGUCCUUAUCAGUAUGCCUGUUUAAAUAUAAUAAUACAUUUUAUUUACAUUUUGAGCAUGUUAUUGUCGGUCAUUAUCGUUACCUACAUGCCUUUUGUCUUUUUACUUUCGCGAUGAAAGUCAUUAAUAUAUUAUAUUAAAACAGUGCUGCAGUAAUGGAUUAGAAUGUAUAUACAGCUGCAGUUGUAUUAACAUAUAUGCAGAUGUGGAGCACAGCCCCUCCUUCGUGGAGCUUUGAUGGAAUAACAGAGAAUUACUGGUUAUUACCAAAUAACAACACGGUUAUGAGCCCAAUAACACAAAAAUACCAGCUCACAGAGGGAACGUGAAGGCAACAACGAUUCAUCAAGAUGAACGUCAGCCUCGGGAAGUAACCCGGCCUCUGAUUGGCCGCGGUGCGUCACGUGACCAUUUCCCAAGCGGAGUUUCCACGACAGCUGGAAGCCGAGCGGCACAGGCGCAUCGCGUCUUCUUUUGCUGAAAUUGUCGGAAAUAACGCGACUUUGUGCUCGUCUCAGCGCCUUCUCAGGAACCCUGGUCUGGCAUGGGCGACAAGAGGAGUCCCACAAGGCCGAAGCGUCAACCGAAGCCCUCCUCCGACGAGGGGUUUUGGGACUGCAGCGUGUGCACAUACAAGAACACGGCCGAGGCUUUCAAGUGCAUGAUGUGUGAUGUGAGGAAGGGCACUUCAACAAGGAAACCUCGUCCCGUCUCCCAGCUUGUCUCGCAGCAGCAGGUAACGCAGCAGUUUGUGUUACCCUCGCAGCCCAAGAAGGAAAAAAAGGAACGGGUGGAGAGGGAAAAGAGCGACAGAGAGCCGGCGCUCAAGAAGAACAGUCACAAGAAGAUGAGGCCAAGAUUAAAAAACAUUGACAGGAGCAGCGCCCAGCACCUGGAGGUGACAGUUGGGGACCUGACGGUCAUCAUAACAGACUUUAAGGAGAAGGUCAAGCCCUCGUCCACCUCGGCAACUUCCUCCAGUGCCGCGUCGUCGGUGGUCGAUCACCACAGCCAAAAUGGCUCCAGCUCAGAAAACACAGAGAAGGGGCUUUCCCGUUCUUCCUCACCCCGGGGCGAGGGGAGCUCAGUCAACGGCGAAUCCCACUGAGUCACCCCCCCUUCAAAUCCCCCCCUCCCCCCAUCCACAGUCUCAUCCGCAAGUCACUGGAAAGGAAUCCUUACUUUCAUGUUUGAGCUGCACAACACUUUUUAUGUUCACUUCCUUCUGGAUUUGUGACAGAGGGAGGUGCCAACCCGUCAGAUUCCACAGGUUUAAAUCAUUUGAAAUAGAUUCUCCACAUUUAGAAAGCAAUAUGAAAUGUCCCAAGCUUCAUCUUAAAAAGUUGCAGUAGCCGACAUCACAAGUCAGCGUUUCGACCGUGUGCUGGGGACGCUCGGUUCGACUCCAGCUGCACCUGCCUUUCUGAGAUUUCAUCGUUUUUCCAUAUUUUGUCAGACCAAAUGUGCAGCCCCCACCCAUGGUAUCAUCUUCAGUGGCAGGCAGAAUGACCUUUUCUCCCCCCUGUGGAAUUCUCAGCCUCUGUCUGGAUUCUUUACCUACCUGUCACAAACCUGAAGCCUCCAGUACACAGUGUCCUUUCACUGAACUUUCACUCCGACAGUGUACCUCCACUCCUGAUCUUGAUGCUCCCAAGCUUUUACUUCUGAACUGUGUCUCCCGAUGAGUGACUUUUUUUCCCAACACGGCGUAGUUGCCACACCUCCGGCACCAGUCGUUGAUUCACGUCAUGUUUGGAGCAGCUCGUUUCGUUCAGUCAUGCUUAUGUCGUACGUAAUGGGACAGAUAAAGUACAGCAGAUGAUUUUUAAAAGGUUAAUACCGGUCUCAUUUUUCUUGUUCAAAUUUGUGCCACGGUCACUGCGAGACGGUUAUUUUUCUAACUUGGCCGCCAUUCGAUGUGUUCAUUAUCUUUACGAUCACUAGCAAACUCGCAGUGCGGAACUUUAAUCACCUCCUCUCGCAGUUAAGGUAAUGACACAAACACUGUUGUGCUCUUAAGCUGUACAGCAUGCCCAUGCCUUUGAUCAAGUUCUCUCUGAAUGCUGAAUUUCUUUUCUUCUUUUUGUUUUUUUAAAACAGAGCAGCAGAAACGUAUCUUGGAUGCUACCGCUAGUAGCUAUAGAAUUCCAUAUCGCUAAGGCUGUCACCUUAUAUUUCAAAAUCACAUUAAUCUGGAGCUCAUAGUUUGCGUUACCUUAGCAAGGGCUUGAAUGUUCUGACCAUUCAUUUAUGUGCAAGGCCCGCAUUCCUGCGUUAGGUGAUAUUUUUGAUAUAAAACAUAGGAAGAAAUUGCGAUUUUGGAAAAAAAUAUAUCAAAAAAAGCAGCCUUAGAGGCUUUUACUUCCUGUCUAGCAUGAAACGGCACAUUUGCAAUUAGCGAGCAGCUAAUAGAGAAAGUCUUUACCAGAUAUUAGAUAACUAGCAAGGUAUUUUGUCAAGCUGUUAUUCUGCCCAACAUAGAACUAGAAAGAGUUGCAGCGCAUUACACUCCAUGUGGACAACUGAUGUGGCCAAGACAUAACAGAGAACUGGCUAGCUAAUUGUUUUUAGUUUCCAGACCUCCACGUACUUGUAGCUCGAUCCUUCAUGUCCGGCAAACCAUUUCAGAGAGUCUGCUUUUACUUCCUGUCUAGCAUGAAACGGCACAAUUGCAAUUAGCGAGCAGCUAAUAGAGAAAGUCUUUACCAGAUACUAGAUAACUAGCAAGGUAUUUUGU